CCCAGUGGUUUUGAAGUGUUAAAGUGACACAGGAUCAGUGUCAGUGUUAUCUGAAAGUAGGUGGUUAGGUACUGUUUGUCGUGCUAUAAAGGAAUCUCUCCAACUCACAACAUAUCAUAUUGCUGAGGACACACUUGUACAGGUUUUUGACAGACAUGCUCCGAGGAACAUCUUGGAUCCCCUUUUGCACCCUGCUUCUGCUGGUCACAUUAUGCGAUCAAACAGCUCGUUGCAAAAAUCAACACAAAGGUUCCACACAUCGGAAAGAACUGAGACUCAUUCUGGUUGGAAAAACUGGAUCAGGAAAGAGUUCUUCUGGAAACACCAUCCUGGGGCUAAAAAAUGCCUUUGAAGAGGAAGUAUCCCCUGAGUCCGUGACUAAACGCUGUCACAGAGUAGAGAUAAAAGACGGUGACAGGAACAUCGCUGUCAUCGACUCCCCAGGGCUGUUUGACACGAUGAAAACACCAGAAGAAGUGAAAGCGAAUAUUGAGGAGUGUAUUGAGCAGUCGGUUCCUGGUCCCCAUGCUUUUCUAUUAGUGAUCAGUCUGAAGUCAAGAUUCACAGAAGAGGAGAAGGCAGCUGUGAAAUGGAUCCAGGAUAAUUUUGGCUCAGAUGCUGCCGUGUACACCAUAGUCCUGUUCACACAUGCUGACUUGCUAGAGGAUAAAUCUGUAGACAACUAUGUGAUGGAGAGCAAACAUCUACAAAGACUGAUAAACCAGUGUGGGGGAAGAUUCCAUUCGCUAAUCAAUGACCAGAGACGAAGCAGAACACAGGUCAGAGAACUUCUAGAUAAGAUAGAAAAAAUGGUGGAGUUCAAUGGAGGAAGUCACUACACCAGUGAGAUGUACCAGAGAGCCCAGCAGAAAAUUGAGGAAGAGCGCCAAAGAAGGGAGGAGGAAAAGAGGAAAAGAGAGGAGGAGGAAAGGAUGUCUCGGUGUAAGACGGCACUUUAUGCUGCCCUGGGAAUUUUUGGUACUGGAGCGUAUUUAUCCUCAUAUCUUCUCAUGUCAGCUGGUGCAGCACUUGGACUCACUGAAGCUUUUAAUUGCACUAUGGAAAUGUUGAGGCUGCAGAGCUUGACUAAGUUUACAACACUACCCUGGAACAGCGCAUCUGGCCAGCUUGGAACUGGAAAGGAUAGAUCCAAAGUAAUGGCUGAAGCAAUACCACUACGGGAAAAGAAACAGAAAACUCUACCUCGGUCUGCUGGGUGUGGUCUCAAUAACUUUGACGCUCUGGAUUUGUGUGGAGGCUUGAGGAUAGUCCUGGUGGGCAAGACUGGAUCAGGGAAGAGUGCAACAGGAAACACCAUCCUUGGGAGAGCUGCCUUCAAAGAGGACCCGAGCCCUGUCUCUGUGACCAAACACUGUGAGACACAAAGUGGGGAAGUGGACGGGACUGUGGUCCAGGUGAUUGACACUCCAGGUCUGUUUGAUACAGGUAUCACAGAGGAAGAUUUAAAAACCAGAAUAGAGGAAUGCGUCAAGAUGUCGGUGCCCGGCCCUCACGCCUUCCUACUGGUGAUCAGGCUUGGAGUGAGGUUCACAGAGGAGGAAAGAAAUGCUGUGAAGUGGAUCCAGGAUAACUUUGGAGACGAUGCCUCCAUGUACACUAUCAUGCUGUUUACAUGUAAAGAUCAGGGUAAAGCUGACAAUGCUCUGAAGGAGUGCAAAGAGCUACGGAGACUCUCAAUUACAUUUGGACGCAGAUACCAUGCCUUCAACAACAACGACGCAGAUGACCGCAUACAGGUCUCAGAGCUAAUCACCAUGAUCAAGGAAAUGGUACAGGAUAAUGGGGGGAAACACUACACUAAUGAGAUGUAUGAAAAAGCCCAGAGCAAACUGAGAGAGGAGGAGGAGCGGAAAAAGCAAGAGGAAGAAGACAAGAAAGAGGAGGAGAGGAAAAUGUGGGAUGCGGAGAGGGAGAAGAAAGAGAAAGAGAGAGAAAAGAAGAAAAAGGUUAGACGGAAGAAUAUACGUGUGGCUUCGGCUACUGCUGUUUUGUUGGUGUUAGCCGGGGUGGUUAUAGCAGUGGGAGCUAGCACCACAGUGGCUCUGGCUCUAGGAGCCCCUGUGCUCGUCCUGGGAGUGUUGUGUGGUUUAGCUGCCCUUUGCAUAUGGAAGGGCACAAGAUGCAAAGCUAAAGCAGCUAUUCCAGUAUAACUUUGAGGAGGCUGGUAACAAGGACACGUUUAUGCGUCUGCAUUCUGUGACACUGAAUAUACAGAAGAAGUAUUCCACAUUUUACUAUUUACUGUUUAGAACUAAUCAGUUAAUGAUGUUGUUUUGGCCUUUUCUGCAUUCUGCUGCAAAAAUAAUUAACUUUUGACACAACAUUGCAAUAACAGACCUAUGUGAAUUUAAUGCUGAAAGUAAACAAAUGGUAUGACAGACAAUACUUGUUUUCUUUUUGUCUGUUUUCUUUUCACUCAUUUAUUGUUUGGAGCUUAUAUUUGAAACCCACAUCAUGAGGUAUAAUUGAACAGAUAUUUUUUGGCUCAUGAGAAACAGUUUGAGUCCUUAUAAAUAAUGUUGGAACAAGCUAAUAUAUUGUGUUAGAGAUCUCAUGAAUUUUGUAAAUACAUUUUUGCACAGUGUAUACUUAAAUAACU